AUGUCUCGGCUCUCCAUCCCGACAACGGCGCGGCUGCCGUCGUCUCUGCGCGUCGACCCCUCCAACCUCGUCGUCAUCAAGAGCCUGAACCGGCUGUCGCGCGAGUCGCUUCUCGCACUGGCGCUCGACUGGCUCGACGAGGGCACCGUCGCCAACGCCGCGCCAUACCUCCGCGGCGGCGGCAGCGGCGGGCCCGACGACGAGCCCGCCGACAGCGACGACCUCUACCCGCCGUGCCGCACCGUCGCCGAGCUCCAGCAGCUCUACGCCGACAUGCAGGAGCAGAGGGGCGCCAAGCGCGACGUCGUCAGCCGCGUGCUCGAGGGCGACUGGCGCCACGGCCUCACCCUCUACCAGCUCGCCAUGGUCGACUUUGCCUACCUCGACGAGCACCCGGCGUCGCAGAAAUGGACCGCGUACAGGAUCCUCCCCCUCACCCACCCCACCCACGACGCCGACGACGAGACCCUCAAGGUCGACGACGCGAGCCUCCAGAUCCCCCGCUUCCACCCCUCCACCUUUCUCCAGAACCUGCAGGACCAGGUCCUGCCCGACGUCAAGGCCCACUACCACUUCUACCGCCCCAGCGACUGCCCCGUCCUCAUGCUGCGCGUCUUCGCCAUCGACUCGCCCUACAACAGCCAGCUCGCCCUGUCCUCGGCCGCCGCCACCAGCUACACCUCGUCCCGCACCGUCUACCUCGCCUUCCCCGACGGCGCCCCGAACCUCUACAUCUCCAAGUCGCAGUCGGCCGGCGCCUCGGCCCACGGCGAGUCGCGCAGCCUGCAGAGCCUCAUCGUCAAGGGCGUCCCCAAGGCCCUCUCCCGGCCCCGCCACCGCUUCACCCUCCAGAACUCGGGCCUCACCAGCAGGAACCUCGACGUGCUCCUCGACCGCAGGGGGCCCGGCCGCGGCAACGCCGCCGCCGGCGGCUGGAGCAUCUACGCCAACGAAAAGAACAAAAAGUCCCCGCUCGACUCGGUCCUGCCCUCGCCCCCGCUGUCCGCCGCCUCGGAGCACAGCCGCAAACGCGCCUCGCCGCUCACCCAGCAGCGCCGCGAGGCGAAGCGCGCCAAGCUCGUCGCCAAGGGACGCUUUGGCGACUCGGCCAUUGUCACCGACGGCAAGGGCGUCGAGCGCCUCGACGUUGUGAUUCAGGACCCAUAUCCGUCCGUCAAUGGCGUCGACGUGCAGGUCUCGGACAAUGAGGAUGGCGCGCCGCCGGCUGCCAGACGAGGGCCGCGAAGGAGCUUGGACGCCAUGCUGGACGAGGACGGCGACGGGGUUGCCGAUACGCCGCGGCAGGGUCCCGGUUCGCGGUGGACGCCCAAUGUGCGAAUCACAUUCCAGGGCACCCAUGUGUUUGCUGGUAUCCGGCAGUUGGUGGAAGCCGGCAUCAUCGAUGGCGAGCGCAUGCCCGGGUGGAUGACUGGCGAGGACGGCGUCACAGUAGGUGUUGUGCGACACGGUCGCAUAAAAGGAAACAAGGGCUCGGGGAUAUAA